AUGGCUUCCAACUUCCGCAUCCAGAAGCCCUAUGUGCUGACUGCCCUACCACGUCCCAUCGAGUCGUCUUGCGAUAACUAUGUGGUUGGCGACGUUUACGGACAACAGCAAGGCUCCAAGAGAAAAAGGAGGUCGGAACUGGCUGUCGGCAUCAACGGGGAAGCCACAAACAUAUAUGAUGUUCAAAGCUCCCGCCUCAUCACUUCCUACCCUAUUCCUCCGCAGUCGACUUUUACAUGCCCUCCCUACUCAAUCCGUUGGCGGUCUUCUACUUCCAAAUAUGUAUCUCGCUAUACAUACAUAUCGACUCGUGAUCCCGGCCAUAGGAUAUCUCUGUUCAAGGACUCCAUCGAGACGUCCGGCAAGACGGUAUCAACAACCUUCUCGAGAACGCUGCCCAAGAGCCAAGACAUAGUUCUCUUAUCGACGACUUCACACACAACCUCCGAUUCCGCGCUGCAGAAUUCUGUUGUUCCGUUCCACUUGAUCGCCGUCACGACGGCGGGCUCUGUCCUAUGCUUGGAUGCCGAAACGCUGGAGGAAAUAUGGGCACCAGCAGCAAAAAGCGUCUUUCAGGACUCGAUGCCCUCAGAAGGGUCCCUUCGGGUGGACUUUGCCCAACUGUUCGCCUCAACUGAUGCAGCGCAAGGGCUGUUUGGGGGUUGGACAGAGGUUCUGGGUCCGGCCUUGGACAAGAGCGAGCCUGAUCUCUCAAGCCUGGACGUACUAGUCUUGAUCACCGCCGCCACUGUUACCGACGUCGAGCGCAGGCACCUGCGCGUCCUGGCUGUCUCACCGAAUGCCAGGGGACCACCCCCUUUCCAGCAGCAACAUCUGGCCCAAGCGCAUAUCGCGCCGCUGGUCCAGGCCGACGGCCCAGCUGGGUUGGCACCAAAGUCAAUCUAUCGCGUCGAUAUCGCCUCUAGCUCGCUAUUGGAACUUCGAGGCGAGGAGUUGAUCUCUUAUGACAUUGCGAGGGCUGUUCCAAGGGUGGAGCGAAGGCUCUCGCUACCUGGGGCCCAGUCAUUCAUUCGCCUGUCCAAGUCAUCUAUCUUGGCUGCCUCGGACCGCUCAUUCGAUGUCUUGAAUCCAGUCUUCCAGUCGGUACAGGCUUCCACACCACUGGACAUGUUCAAUACUCCUCAGACUUCCGAGAGUUCUCAUCGUCAUACUUGUCACCUAGUUACCUACUUUCCAAAGCUGGAGAUGGCAGUUGCCAUCAUUGGCACAUCACUAGUAGCGGUCCAACUGGAGGCCCCAAUGCAUCGCAGCAAGAAGCGGCGAGCUGAGGGCCUGCUCAUUGACUCCAUUGGCCGAGGAACUCCCCGUAAGCCGCCUGGUAAAGGACACUUGGGCCCGGAAACCAAACACACAGCCUUCUCGAGGUAUCUCCCAGGGUCUGUAUCUGCUGAGUACUGGUCCCAGCUCAAUCUGGAUGUGCAAAGGGCAGAUGAGCUACUGGUCUCGGGCAAUCUAAGAGACUUUGAGUGUCUGCUGGCUCGCAAAUUUGAUAUCAAAGUCUCCAAGAGCAGCCCGUCAACCGGAGGGCUCGAGGAGAAGGAAGGUGCGCCAGCCACAAAUGGUACGAGCGAGCAUGACUCUGAGCUGCCAGACUGGCAGUGGCCCAAGUCGAGAUCAGCGUACCCAGAAGCCGACCGUCGCUGGGUCAUGUACGCAAUCGGCCGCGCCUUUAGCUGGACCGAUGAAGUCGAGGGCACGGUCGGUGGCCUCCAUCUAAGGUGCCAACUCCCGGAAGGCAAUGUUGUCAAUUAUCUGGCAGAUGCUGGUCAUCUCUCCACUGCCAACCUGAGGUCUGCGUUCAGGGUUGAACUACGAGGGGUCGACGAUGUCGAUGCGGUGCUGGGGGAAGAGCUGCCGCUGCUCCUUGCCGAUAUUGAUCCCACCAUGGGCCUUCUGUUGACUUGGCUACAUGCUACGACACUGGGAUCGUCCGAGCUUCUCACUGCCAUCAAACUCAUCAUGCGCAGUCUUGAGCUCGUUCAAGAUCCAACCAAGAUGGGCUCCAAACCUCUCAUCACCAACUCCACAUCCGACCCGAAGGAGUCCGAUGCAGCCCGCGAUGGUGCGGGGAAUAAAGAAGAACUCGGCAUGGAGUUGGACCGCCUGGAACAGGAGAUCCAGGUGACAGAGUAUUACCUGGAUGAUGAGUCGAGCACUCGGGCGCGCGGGCUCAGUGUAGCCUUUGGCAAGUUGGGAAGCUGUCCUGCACAGUCAACAAUCGCGACUCUCCGACGGAACUUCCGCCCGGAGGAGAUCUUGUCCCUGAUCUACGUUUUGCGCAUGGAGCUGGUCAAGGAUGGGUGGACCACGAGAUAUCUGGAUCUGAGUCAAAGGGAUGAGGAUGAUGAAUCGGAAGCCCCUCCAGACGGGAGCAUCCGGCUUCUUGCUGAUCUCUUGUGCCGGUGUAUCGAUUCGGUUGGUGCAGGAGGCUGGCUGAUCAACGACGCCAUCCUAGCGGCCGGCAACGGCGGGCAACUCGAUUCUGCCGACUUCCUGGCCUCGCUCAAACUCGAGGUCAGUGCUGCUCUCGAGGGGGUACAAGAAGCAGUGUAUCUGCGGGGCAUCCUGAAUGAGGCUGUUCGAUAUGGGUCUAGUGUACAGUCAGCGUCAGCCACACGCCCGCAGGCCGAUAGCCUCAAGCAUGCGACUACGGCUGUGAGGUCGCGAGAGCCAGGCUGGCAGAUGCUGCCAUUGGGACUCAAGGCAAGCCAGAACGUUUCGCGGAACAAGGUAGUAUCUGGAGGAGAGCUGGUCAGACGUAGCAAGAGAGAGUUUGGCCAUUUGACGAGCCAGAAAGUCGGGGCCUACUCGCUCGAGAGGAUCGUGAUCUGA